AUGCGUCUCUUUCUGAUUCCCAUCUCGACAAGAAGAGCUCUUAUUUACUCUCGCCCACUCCGAAAAGAUAUUCCCGCGGAACUUUCUAUACUAGAUCGCAUUACGUCAAAGGCAGCAGCGACAUGGGCACAAUGGGAGACAGCGGAGAAGGGCUGGAAAUAUCACCUUAUCACAUGGGGGAAUAAGGUGCAACAGCGUAUUCCAUUUGAAGAAUGGGGUCUGAAGAGUAUUCCAUCACUCAAUUCCGCGCGGCGCAUCGACAAAGAGCAUGGGAAUAAGAAGAUUGAAGUUCUUUUCCCAGGAAAUGCGAUACGGACGGAGCAUAUCCGAGACAUUUUACGCACCAUCGCUACAGAAAGGCAAGAGUUUCAUCGAAAGAAGAUGAUGUGGAGUUUUGGUGUUGCGCCGUUUACUGCUCCUUUGGGCCUAAUCCCAGUCAUCCCGAAUAUUCCUUUCUUCUAUCUGGCAUAUCGAGGCUGGUCUCACUGGCGCGCACUUAACGGUUCGCGACACUUGGAGUUCCUUGUGAAAGAAGACCUCAUUAAUCCAAUUUCCCUCCCCGAGCUGGAACAGUUGUAUGCUGAAUGUGCAGCUCGGGCUAUUGAACAUACCUCCGGCGAUAAAUCCCCGGCUGAGAUAUUUGAAGAAAUGGAUCCGAGUGAUGACAGGGUUCUCUUGAAGAUGUCUGACGCUAGGAAGUUGGCCACAAUCUUGGAUGCACCCGAAUUAUCACUGGAGGCUGAGCGGGCCAUUUUCCAAGUCAAUGAGCAGUUAAUUGCCCAGCGGGAAAGGGCAAAAACGGAGGAUUCCGAUCAAAAGAAGAAGUCAUGA